ACCCUGCUGCUCGUUCGAAACAGGCCGGUGUUUUCAAGAUGUGGCGGGGGGAGGGUACUCCACGGGCUUUCCAGGCCCCAGUUGAUGUUCAUGCCAGUGCUGAUGGUCAGGUGUACAUGUUUAAGAGGAGACCAAAUGAAUCCGCCAUUUCGUCAGAGGACGAGGAGCUCAGGGUGCUGGAGAUGAGGCCGCAGGUUUUUCAGGACGAACAGCAAGACAGAUUACAGAAUGUGGAGCUGUUGGAACGAGAGGUGCUGGAUGGAGACAGUCUCAACAAGCUUGCACUACAAUACGGCUGCAAGGUGGCAGAUAUAAAACGAGCCAACAACCUUAUGCAAGAACAAGACUUGUUUGCACUGAAGUCGAUCAAAAUCCCAGUUCAAAAGCACAGUUUUUUAACUGAGUCUUUCACAGACUUAAGUGGCCAUCAACAGCAAACAGUGCUUUCAUCUGUCAGACAGUCAGAACCUCAGGAUGGAGGAGGAGCCCAACCAAAUGUACAGGAAGUCACAGACUUUCUAAUGGAGGUGGAUCACGAUAUUGAGAAACUGAUCCACACCAUGAAUGAUGGAGAUGAUGUCUUAAAUAAUUCAAAGAAACCUGAAAGGAUUGGCUUCAGAGGGCGCCGCCUGACCAGCCAUGGAGCAGACUGGGGAAUCCAUUGGUGGAACGCUGUCAUUGCCAUGUUCAUGAUUGGCAUUGUCCUGCCGUUAUUUUAUGUGAUCUAUUUUAAAACAAGAGACAGUGCAACAGUUUCUCCAGCAGGUGGUGGUAGUAGUUUGCUGUCAUCCAUUGUCUCUUCAAACAGCUCAAAUUCUGGCCUCAGUACAACUGGACCUGACCGUUAUCAAGAGCCAGGAUAGUGCGCAACUAAACAUUUACACAACACCAUUAUUUUCAACAACACUAAAUUCUAUUUUUUUUUUUUUUUUUUUAUACUACUACAACAUUAUCUUGAGUCAGGUACCCAUUAACUUGCAGUUUUCAUGGUGCUUUUAGAUGACGAUUGUGAUGAUGAUCUUCCGGUGGAGUUUCUUAUACUGAAUGCAUGUGUAGGAUUUAGGUGUGUUUCUCAUCAGAACUGGAAUAUAGCCAUAACCAUCUGUGUGCUACUUCUUAAUUACAUGCAACAAAGAAUCAAUGUGUUUUCAUAAGUUUAGAAGGAGUCCUUCAUAUCUACAUGGGAGGUAGCCCCCUCACAGAGACCUCCAUGUUGCUACAGUAGCCCAACAGGGACUUAUGUACUGCACUUUUUACAUUUUGUGGUAUAGCUAGAAGAAUGAAGGGGGGGGGGGUUAGAAUUUAGUUGUUCAGCUAUCUGUCUACUGUUUGCUAGUGCAGGCUAACAAGUUUAAGAAUCCUUUCUUUUUUCUUUUUGUAAUAGACCACAUAUAGCCUUUAUCAAAAGAGAAGGUAAAGGAGAAUGAAUCCCCAUAAUCAAAGAAGCAAAAAAAAAAAAAAAAAUCAAAAUUGUGACCAUUGAUGGCAUAGAAUGAGUUAAUAGAAGUUAGUAGAAUGAGGUUGUAAAUUGUCUUGUAUUAAGCAAAAAAAAAAAAAAAAUCUGCCAAUGGGGUAAGAAAAAUUUACUUGAAUUCUCAAAACUAGCAAACUGUCUAAGCACUGAAUAAUUAAAAUGUGCCUUAAAACUAGAUAGAAUUGUUAUUUUAAGAUUAGCCUCUGUCUUAAAAUAAGGAAAACAAUCUUGUUCAUUUCCUUGGAUGAUUUAAAAGCCAUUGCCUUUCCUUGUUACUGGUUAAAUACAGCUUGAUAUUAGCUUGAAAAAGUGAGAUACAUUUUCCCAAAAUAAGACUUUUUCUUAUGUAAAAAAAAAAAAAAAAAAAAUGCUUAACAAGAAUAUUUUUGUAUUUAGAUUAAAUUAAGUCAAAGUUUCUUUAAACAAGUCUUUUACCUUCUUAGAUAGCAGUUUUUUUGCAGUGUACACACUUGCUUUUAUAGUCACUGAACAAGCAAGUGUAAAGUUGACUGUUAACCGGGCCUGUGAAGAAUUGCAUUGUGCUGCAUAUUGAGUACGCUGGAAUGGCUGCAUCAUGAAAAAAAUGUGCAGAGGGGUGUAAGCUUGGCCUGCCUCUUCUGUGCUUUUGAAGCUCCACUGCCAGCAAAGUUCAUCAGGAUUAAUAAAAUCUAGAAAUGCAGGUGUGUACUGAUUAAAAAAAAAAAAAAGAUUUUUCACUGGACUGGCAUAGGGUAACGCACAAUUGUGUAGGCAUGGUAUAUGUUGUACAGUAGUGUGUUGUGUAGACUUGCAUAGAGCACAGUGUCCAGUGCUCUAUGCCGAAUGUUCACGAAAACAAAUUUAACGUGUUUAAUAUUUUGCACCCACUUCGCGGACCCCUUUGCAUCCCUCAGCGUAUUACCAUGUAGGGCUGCAUAAGCUCGGUGUAGUUGGUAUGCCGCAUUACGCAAUUCUACGUGAUGCCGGUGUGAAAGGGGCUUUAGGGGAAGGCAUUUUGCCGAAGUGUCGUAGCUUCUGUUACAGACCCAAAAAAUGUAAUCGGAACUCUGAAUGAUUGCCAGUGGUCUUGGAGGCCACCAAGACUCUACGAUUAGCUACAAGGCUCCAUAAAACAAGUGUAAAAAUGCCGACUUUACACAAGGUUGCCUGAACAAGCCCAGAAAUGUCUGUGAGCCGAUGUUCGUAUUUAAAUGAAUAUAUUAGAGAAAAACUAAAUUGUGUUCAGAGAUGCCAAUGUGGCCCAAAGUAGGAGGUUCACUUUUCUUUACUUUUUAUCUACCAGAAUCCAAAAUUUCAAAGGUGAGUAUGGAGUAGUUUUUCCCUGCUGUCAGUCACUGACAGAAAUUUUCCCAAUUUCCCUGCUGUUCUGAGAGAAAAUGUUGCACUUGUCUAUUUUUGUCCAGUUGAUUGCUGCUAAUGUGUUUUUUGUUUCAUUUCUUGUUAAAAUUUUGAAAGGAGUUUCUUGAAGCACUUGAUGUGACAGACGUUGAGCAGUAACUGCAGAAGAAAACAACCUGUAACCAUAACUUUAGCACACUUCCCUUUUGCUCAGUGCCUGUACAAAGCACACAUUGCUUCAAUUGGGUCAAAUUAUAUAUUGCAGGUUCCUGUUACUGUGCUGUGCUUUUGCAUGCAUUUUUGGGUGCACUUUGCUCUUGUCUGAAUUAUUUGUGCAAUGCAUCACAUUGUGUUUACGCCUCUGAAUUUACUGACGAUUUUGACUUUUUUUUUUUUUUUUGCAAGAAUUUGUCAACAUAGGUACAGUGUAUACAGCACAGGUUGUCUGAAGGAAAUUAAUGAUGCUUUAUUCUACUGUGAAUGUGAAGUAAAUUGUACCUGGUGUAAUACGCUAAUUUAUGCAUGAAAUAUUUACAUUUUCGGAACACUGCAAACACUGUGUGAGUUGGCUGUCAUUUCUCUAAAGUCAGUCUACAGACUACUCAGGAACACAGCUACAGUGAUGAGGUUUAUUUGCAAGCAUGUUUGCCCCUGAAUAAAUGAGUU